UCUCGUCGCGCAAACGGCUCUCUUUAGCCACUUCUCCUACAUCGAGUAGUAGUCUAGCGUUAGCCGCGAAUCGUAAUACGUUUAUUCCGAACUAACGGUGCAAACUUUGUGUCGUUGAUCCUUCAUCCUAGAACAACUAACAACUUGAUCGAAGAGAGAGAGAGAGAGAGAGAGAGAGAGAGAGAGAGAGAGAGAAAGAUCGAAAACAAAAAGUUAACAUUUUAUCUACGAUAAACGUUUGACGUUCGCGUGCUAAUAUCACGAAAAGUAUAUAUAUAUAUUUUGUUUUUUAAUAAUCGAUCGAAUCAAUAACGAAAUUAUUCAUCGAAUAUGAGUACUCGAAUUCGUCCGGAAAAAUUCUUUAUAAAUUGCAUUAUUCUAUAUUUUUUUCUUUGUGCUUUAUAAACGACAAUUGAAAUGUAUUUUUGUUGAAUGAUAACGGAGAUAUCAUAGCACACAUUUAUGCAUGAUUUUUUAAUAAUAUCUAAUAUCGUGUCGUUCCAAGGAAAAGUCUUUUGACAGAGAGAAAGAGAGAGAGGGAAAGAGUGCAGUGCACUGGCGUGAAAAUAGAUGGACGACGGGGGUGUUGCUUCGUGGGAUUUACUAAAAGUGACCGAAUACUUUACGAGCUAAUGCUUCUCUAUCGUUAUUCGUUACUAUUAGAAUAGAAUAGAGAGAAAAUGUAAGAUAGUUAUUGAAAUAAUUGUUCAAAUUUGAUUAAACGGUGUUCGAUAAAUUAACGAUAAAUACAAAUCUAAAGAGAAAAUAACGUUCGUCGUAAAUUUAUCUGUUGCAUCUUUGCCAAUCGGAUUCGAUGAGUUAUUGGAGGACUUGAAAGAAGCGAAAGUGAAAAUACAAAGAGAACACUUUGAAAGAUUCGAGCUUGGAGAGUAAUCGAGAGAAAGUACAAGAACAACGUUGGUUGUCGAUGCUGCAAGCAUUUCUUUCUUUUUCUAUCCCAUUCUCUCUUUCUCUCUCACAUGUAAAUGAAAGAAUUGGCCGUUUACCAGAGAAAGACGAAGGCAAGAACAUCGACGGAAUCCUCAUAGGCAUUUCGCACAAGUAAAAAUAAACUCGAAACGCGACGAAUCUCUUCUCUUCUCCUUCGUGUGGCAAACUUUUUCUCAUUUCUGUCUUUCCUUUCAUUUUGACGAGUGCUUAUACGGAUAUAAAAAAAAAUCGAAAAAGAAAUAAAAAAAAACAAAAGAAGAAAAAAAAACGAGGAAGAUAGCAGAAUGUAUUGAGUGUGGGUGGAAAAGAAAAGUUAAAGGGUAAAAAUAAUCAGCAGCAGCAGACAGUACGAGAUCAUUCACCGGAUUGUAUUCCUACCAGACCGGUUGGGAGAAAUAACUUUUCUCUCUCUCUCUCUCUCUCUCUCUCUCUCUCUCUCUCUCUCUUUUUCCAACCCAACGAAGAGGAAAGCUCGUCCAAGAAAAACAAAAGAAACGAUCGAAAUCGUUGUGCCUGUGUGUGUGUAUGUGUGCAAAAAGAAAAUUCAAAGAAAUUGAAUUCGUAAAUUGUAAAAAUAAAAAUAAAAAAAUAAAAGUUUCAGUUCAACUUGGCCUUUGUCGUUAUGGAUGAUUUAAGAAAUUACGAUCGAUCGAUGGAUCUAACGAGACAGUUUACGUCGAGAAAUACGAAAACGAACCUCGAAGGAUGGUCCUCGAGAUUAGGAUCGAUGAUAAAUUGAUGAUAUCGAGUGAAAGAUCAAAAUCACAGGGAAGAAAGUAGAAAAGUUGGAUAGAUCGUAGAAGAAGAAGAAGAAGAAGAAGAAGGACAAAAAUGUCAUUUUGUAGGAUCACGGGGAGGAGCAGGGGCCUCCCCAAGCCAAAUUAUUUCCCCUUGUUACCUCCCAUCAGUCCAGCGGAUGCCAAACGUUUUUGUCGUAUAACCGGUAAAUCUUAUGGUCUUCCAACACAUCAUUACAUUCCAGUACUUCUCGGCGUUCAUUCGCACGACAAGUCUAAAUGUAAGAUUACCAAUGCUGCCGGUUUUGGUCCACAUCAUUAUACAGCUGGUCUUAUACUCGGGGAGAAGAAGAAGCACGUCAUUUUGAAGGAUUUUCGUUACGUCUUUCCAAUACUCGAAGGGGAAAACGAACAGCAGAGAGCAUUGAGAGAUUUGUUGGGUAAGAAGAAACCGAUGGUCGAGGAGGAAGAUCACAAAUUCGUUUACACGGUCGAAGAACGAAGAUGCAGUUUAGUUUUUCCGGCGAGAUUGGAAGCUGCUGUAAGAGACGGAGAUGUCAAGGACGUGAUGUUAUCACGAGACUGCGAUACCGUACUCUUGAGAUUGAAACAAGGGAAAAAUGUAUCGGUUGAUUUUAAGAAUUUGGAAGACUUUGAGAAUCUUUUCGAUGGUCUAGGACCAAGCGAGGAAGUACUGAAGGAACGCGAAAGAAUCGAGAUCGAAGCUAAGAAACGCAAGAGAAAGAGACAAGCGGGGGGUCUUAGUUACGCGAAGAAGAUCUUCGAGGAGAAAGAAAAGGCUGCCGAAGAAGAGGAACUUCAAAAGGCGAAACAUCUUAAAUUGAGAAGCGUUAAGGAGGAAGUUAAAGAACAAAUCGAGAACUGGAAACGAAUUGAUUUGGAAGCUGCAAGAUUGAGAGCUUGUAAUAUAAUUGCUACAACUAAUUCGUUGAAGGAUUCGUUCAACACUUUCCCAGUAUCUUUAGACUUGAGUACGUUUCAGAAAGAUACGAUUCCAACUAAGAUUAUACCAUUGAUAAAUAAGCUGCCCACUCCGAUUAAGUUAGAAGCUCAUACGUUUGAACAGAGUACCGAGCUAUCGAGUACUUCGCCAAUUUCUGAACACACCGGUGGAUUCGAAGCCAUCUCGAUAGUAAAACCGCUGACACCUUUGAAAAUAAAAUCCGAGCCUGCUCUAGAAUCCGCUGUCAUGAAUAUUUCGGUUAACGACUUGAAAGCGACCUCCAAUGUAAAUGCCAAGUUCACGAAAGCUGGCGAGGCGGCACUCGAACGUCUUCCCAGAGUUGAGGAAAUCCCUGCUUUAGUGGAGAAAAUCAAUAACGGCGAAAAAACUACGAUGCACAAGGUAAAAGGUCUAAAAUUAGAUAUCAAAAGUGCACAGAGAUUCAUCGCAGGGCAAACGGUGGAUACCCCGACGGGUCCUGUUUUCGUCCCAGGACAAACUUUGGAAACACCUCAAGGCCCUGCAUUCGUUCCCGGUUUCACGGUGAACACGCCGGAUGGACCACUUUUAAUUCCUGGCCAAAUAAUGAAAGUUAAAGAACAAAAUGGCCUAGAGACGCCGUCUUUCAUCGCUGGACAAACUUUGCCAACGAGCAAACAGGGCUUGCAAUUUAUUCAAGGACAAACAUUUCACAACAGGGAUGGUAGUAGAUUCGUGCGAGGUCAAACUGUCUUGACCGACGAAGGGUCAAAGUUUGUGGCUGGACAAGUAGCCGAUAAUGGACAUUUUAUUCCUGGACAAACGAUUUCCACUCCAAAUGGUUUGAAAUUUGUUCCUGGGCAGACGAUCACGGAUCAUCAAGGUGAACAAAUUUUUAUAGCCGGGGAAAGCGUUCGAAAUUCCGACAACUGGGAAUUUGUACCAGGACAGAGUGUUCAAUCUUCGACGGGUAACACAAAGUUCGUACCUGGUCAGACGGUGGUAACACCGCAAGGUAGUCAUUUCGUUCCUGGUCAAUUUGUCACAGAAGAUUCCGGAGAGAUCCACUUUGUACCUGGAGUCAUCGAGGAAUCUGAAAAUGAUCUUAAAUUCGUACCGGGUAUGACGUUGGAUACACCGAAAGGACCAAAAUUUGUCGAAGGACAAAUUUCGAAAGAACCGGAAGGGAAGAAAUUCGUUCCAGGACGAACUAUGAUCACCGAGGAAGGAUUUGAAUUUGCUGCUGCUAGUAAAUUCGACGAAGUUGUUUUAACGGAGGCAGGACCGGUGGGAAUACCGAUAGAUCCGAAAACAGCUAACGCGAGUUCGAUGUCCGAUCAGAGAGAAAUUUUCGGGCAUAUGGUCCAAACGGAUAUCGGCGUUGAAUUUAUUCCAGAAGGCACGAGAAAUUUACCAAAGGGUAAAAGAAUUGUUCCGGGACAAUUGGUACGUGGCGGUAAAGAUGAACCGCGAUUCGUACCGGGUGUUAUGACGGAAGAUGGUUUUCUUCCUGGUCAGAUAGUAAUGACGGAAAAGGGAGAAGAAUUCGUGCCGGGUCAAGUGGUCGAUACGAGCGGUGGGCCUAAAUUCGUACCAGGACAAAUGGUUGAGACACGUACAGGACAAAAAUUCGUUCCUGGACAGACCGUCGGAACAGUCGAAGGACCAAGGUUCGUACCUGGCCAAAUCGUAGAAACAAAAGUUGGACCAACUUUUAUACCAGGUCAAGUGAUUUCCACGGAAGAGGAAGGUUCUCGUUUCGUACCUGGACAAGUCGUCGAUACCCCAGACGGACCUAGAUUUGUUCCGGGACGAGUUGUGGAAUCAGGAGAGUCUGGUAUCACUUUUGUAUCGGGUCAAAUCGUACAAACGGAAGAAGGUCCGCGUUUCGUAGCACCGGAUUUAACCGAUACGCCGGAAGGCGAGGUAGAAUUUUCUGUUCAAGGAUUCGAGGUUACUCCCGAAGAAUUGCGUCUUCUCAGACCAAAUCAUUUGCAUUACAAUCCGUAUACCUUAAAUAACGGAGAGAGUAGCAUAGACGCUAGAAUGUUAAGGCAAUUAUCGGAAGCUGGUUUAUCGGUUGGUAGAAAGGUCUUAGCAAAUUUACCUGCGGUUGACGUUGACGUUGAUCCGAAAGCCGUAGCUUUGGAGCAAGCUCUGGUUAUGGCAGAAAAACUUGGGUUACACGGUAACGCGGCGGUAAAAAUGGCUCAGGUAGUUUCUACCGUGGCACAGCUAGCAAAAAACAUAGCGCAACAGCAACAACAACAACGAGAUGUAAAUCGAUCGGAAAUGAAAGGUUUGACAAACGGCACUAAAUCGCCGAUCAUGAUGAAUGGUGUAAAAGAAAAGACGAGUGACGACGAAUGGCUACGGGAUGCGAUUAAAACAGCUAUGGCGUCUGCCGUUCUAGCGUUAUCCGAUAAAUCAUCGGAUGAUAACGAAAACGUCAAACAAGAUUUGGUUUAUUCGUCGAUUACCGAAGCAUUUAACGUAUUGCUUCGUCAGAAAGAUGAGAAUAUGGAAAAAUCGGUAGAGAAUGUUCUUCGUAUUCUCCUAAUUCCACAAAACCGAAGCGAACUUUGUCAAAGUACAAUGUUAGAAUUAAUGGACGAUACGAAAAAUAAUAAAGUAGAUAUACUGAAGUCUACGAUAGUUGGUCAGACGUUGAAAGACGACGUAGUACUCGAAAGAUUAUCCAUGGUUCUCGAAGAAGAACACGGUACGGAUUUGAUCGGAUCGGCUUUCAGAACGGUAUCAAAAAACGAUCCGGAAUUGGUUUCGCGAGUUCUUCAAAAAGUAUCGGAAGAGGUAGCGAGCGUAUCAACGGAGAAAGAUGCCGCGGAAACUGUACACAAAGCUAUUGUCCAAGCUGUUAGAGAAUCUAGCGAAAUACGGGUGAAAGAAUUGUUGAACGACGAACAAGGUAGCAACGUUCGGGAAAUGUUACUUCAAGCAGUGGGAUUGGCUCGAGCUCUUGGAAUGUCCAGCACGGCUAGUAGUCUCUUAGCCGUGAUCAGUGACGAAAAAUCAACUCGUGCUUUGGCCAGCGACAGAGUAACUUUAGACGUGUUGAAGAGGUUGACGGUAAUGAGAAAAUUAGCCGAAGAGAGGCCACCUUUCAUGAGCGCACUUGGACAACUCUGUAGCGAUCCGGAAUUGGCCAGAACGGAUCCACGUCUUAGAACGCUUGUUAGAGAAAGCGCAGCACUGAUGAUAGUUCCGGAAGAAGCACCACUGCAAUCUUCCGUUGACGUACCAACUGCGUUACUUCACGCUGACAAUAGUUUAGCCAUGGAAGAGUUUCUCAUGAGACGAAAUCACAAACCAACCUCGAUUUUUAUGAUAUUGAAACAGGGUUUGCAAGCCGUCGUACCUAGGGAAGCCUCAAGAUCGGUAUUGACCGGAGAAGUAGCCUACACUGUUCUAGACGAAGACGGUAUUCACCAUUUCGAACCAUUGCACGUUUUCUCAGCUCUCAGAUUGAAUCGGCCAACCGCUCAUCGUUUUUCCAUGUACUGUUGUCCCGUCGCCAGGGAAGAAGAUAUCGAAGCUGAAAUGACAUCCACGUUCACCGGAACGAUCUCAAUAACUAGCAGUCUCGAAGGUUCAGCUAAUGGACUCUGUCAGAAACAAGAUAACGUUCCCGCAGCUCUGUCAAGAUCCGAUAGGUCUUUCGGUAUUUUAGGUAGUAGAGAAAAUACACCGAGCUUCAAGAGAUUAAGCAGUAUCUGUCAGAAAGAGAAUGGUAACGAACGAAUGAAACCAUUGGAUAAUUACAUCGUCGUAAAGGAUUACACGGACGAGACCGAUGGGUUUACGGUGAACGUUGGUGAUAUCGUGGAAGCUUUCGAAUAUGCCGAUCAUGCAAAGAAAAUGAAAAUGGAUCCCGAGUUGGAAAUUGGUGAGAUCUACGGUAUAUUGGACAAUUCCGCUGCGAAACACAAGCUGUCCAUUCGACCACGUCGAAAGCAUACAGAUCCACGAGCACGAUGCAUUUCGAGGUCGAACUCGGACAGUAGCCUCCAAAGAGUGUACGUUCGUACAGCAGAUGGAAGAGAAGGAUGGCUACCAAUGUCCAUACUUAUGCAAACGAGUCUCAGCGAGGAAAGUUCCGCCAUGAUUGGUCAUAGUCGACCAGAGGACUCUCAUUAUCGAAGAGAGGCAGUGGUGAAGGAACUGGUAGAAACCGAAGAAGAAUUUGGGAGAGACAUUCAAUUGGUCGUUGAACGUUAUUUGAAACCUCUCGAUAAUCCAGAUGUUCCACGUACAGUUCGCGAUAACAAAGACAUCAUUUUUACGAAUCUCAAGCAAAUCGCUGACUUUCACAAUACAUCGUUCGGCAGGGUGUUGAUCGAGGGUGUUAAAUACUAUGCGGAUCAGCCACGCAUGUUGGGAAAAACUUUCUUGAGACUCGAACGUGACUUCGACAAACACGUAGCUUACUGCCGGGACGAACCACUUGCUCAGGAAUUUCUUCAGACGAACGAUCAAGUACGAGAAUACUUUGAGGAACUGAGCCAGACUCUCGGUGACGACAAAAGCGUAUCAGAACAUUUAAAGCUUCCGAUACAACGCAUAAACGACUACCAGCUUCUACUGAAGGAACUGGUGAAGUAUUCGACACGACUAGGUGAAAACUGUGAUGAUCUCCAAAAAGCUUUGGAGUUGAUGCUAGGUAUCCCCCACAGAGCAACCGAUAAUAAAUUCAUUAGUAAUAUCGAAGGAUAUAAAGGCAACAUACAUAAACUUGGUAGAUUGCUAACACACGAGUGGUUUACAGUUAUUGACAAGGACGGAAAAAGUAAGGAAAGGUAUCUAUUUCUUUUCAAAGCUCGAAUACUCGUCUGCAAAGUCAGACGAAUUUCGGAGGACAGAUCAGUUUUCGUUCUAAAGGAUAUCAUUCGAUUGCCGGAGGUAGAAUUGAAGGAUCAUCCGGAUGAUUUACGUUCUUUCGAAUUACACAAUCCAAGUCUCCUUGGCUAUCCGAUCACUUUAAUAGCACAUAAGGAUCCAGUGAAAGCGUAUUGGUUGAAAGAAAUUCGGCAAUACGCCAGCGAUCUAGUUGCUUUAGCGGAACACGCAGCAGACGAUUUACAAUUAGAAGAAGUGCCAGAAGAAAAAGAAGAAAUAAAAGAUUCUUCCAAAGCGGACAUUAAAGGAAUCUUAACGAAUCUAGGAUCACCAAAAUCAGAAAUUGUCAAAGACAAUCCGGAACCACCAAAAGCAGAAGUAGCCAAAGACAAUCCGGAACCACCAAAAGCAGAAGUAGCCAAAGACAAUCCGGAACCACCAAAAGCAGAAGUAGCCAAAGACAAUCCAGCACCACCUAAGCCAGAACCAGCCAAAGGAAAUCCAGGCCCAACAAAACCAGAAGCAGUCAAAGGGAAUCCAGRSCCAWCAAAACCARAAGCAGUCAAAGGGAAUCCAGAGCCAUCAAAAGCAGAUGUAGUCAAAGACAAUCCAGGACCACCAAAACCAGAACCAGCCAAAGGAAAUCCAGGCCCAACAAAACCAAAAGCAGCUAAAGGAAAUCCAAAGCCAGAAGAAUCGAAAGGAAAUCCAACAAACAACAAACAACAAAUUGAAACAACAAAUCCAUCAAACCCAAGUCCCCAAAAAUCAAAUCCAUCGAACCCGGAUCCCCAAAAAACAAAUCCAUCGAAUCCAGGCCCCCAAAAUACUAAUCCAUCAAACCCAGGAGCACCAAAUCCAAAAACCGAAACUAAAAUUGAAGAAGGAGAUCCAAAUAUGUCUCGCCGAUAUUCUUCGAGUCGCUUCAGUGCCUCUUCGAAGCUCGUAGAGGAGUAUUCAUCAGUAUCGAGUAUUCGUUCUGGUGUCACUUCAUACGUUGAAUCAUCUUCAUCUACUAGUGCCGCGGUUACAGCUUCGUCUCUCCAUGGCACCGAAAAAAUCAGCGAAACUUCAAGCUCCUACAAAACAGCCACCAGCGGGGGUGCAGAAACAGCAGUUGAAAGUAAAGCGAAGAUCUCGUUAGGUGCUACUGAAACUGGAAAACCUAUCUUCCUCAAAACUAUCGAAGGAUGUAAUGUCGAACCGAGUCGAGCAAAAAAGGCUUUGAUACACGCCAUAGCUGGAGAAGUUGCUACAUUCGAAUGCACUUUGGUGAUGGCCGACGAAACAACAAAGAUACAAUGGCUUAAGGAUAACAAACCAUUGAAUGAUAAAUUAGCGGAUCGUGUGAUUCAGUCAUCCGACGAGAAAAGUUUUAAACUUCAAAUACAAAAUGUUCACGAAUCAGAUUCCGGAAUUUAUAUUGCUCGUGCCAUGAAUGGGGAUGGUCAAGCAACUUGUACGGCACAAUUGGUUGUCCAAGAACUAACAACCGAAGAAAAGAAAGCACGAGCAGAAGCAAACUCUCCAAUUUUCUUAGUACGUCUAAAAGAUACCGAAUUAUUAGAAAACACUUACUUACGUUUCAUGAUUAAAGUAAAAGGUGAUCCAAUACCAGAACUUAAAUUCUAUAAAGAUGGCUCGUUAAUCGACUCGAGAAACGCACGUGUAACGAUAGUAACUGAAAAAGCGGAUAAAGGAUUCUACGAGAUGUUAAUACCGGAUGUCCAAAAAGUUGACGCCGGUAAAUACAGUUGUACAGCGAUGAAUCGUUAUGGUGAAGCAACUUGCGAGGCUACGGUAACCGUGACUGAAGAUAAACCAAUGUUUCCUGGAUUACCGGAAGGUUUGUUGGAACCGGGUGAAGAACCUCAGUUUACUUGGCUUCGCGAUGGUGAACCUUUCGAUCCUGAGGAAAGGUUCAAAGUACUUUUCAAAGAUAAAGAGGAUACUCUAGCAUUGGUAUUCCAACAUGUGAAGCCCGAAGAUGCUGGUUUAUAUACUUGCGUUGCACAAACAAGCACAGGUAAUAUAAGUUGUAGCGCGGAGUUGACGGUACAAGGUGCGGUCAACCAAUUACUAAGAGAUCCAGAAAAACCUAAACUGGAGUCAGAAUCUAAACAAUCGGAAGUAAGCGCGGGAGGUUCUGCGAUGUUGGACUUACAAGUGAAAGGUUAUCCCAAGCCAGAUAUCACAUGGACCAAAGAUGGAAAUGAAAUAGUUGCUGGUGGAAGAAUAAAAUAUCUCUGGGAAGACGAAGAAUCUUUAUCAUUGGUAAUUAAACAUGUAACAACAAAGGACGCUGGUAUAUACACUAUAAGAGCAAAGAACGAACUGGGAGAGGACACUACGGAAAUUGAACUUAUUGUGAAAUCUGCACCAAAAGUCAUAAAGAAACAAUCGAACACUACAGCGAUCGUGGAAGAUAGUUUAACGAUGACCGUUCAAGUGGAAGCUACUCCGGCACCAGAAAUUAAGUGGUAUAAGGAUGGACAAUUGAUCCAAGAAAGCGAACGUAUCAAGAUAGAAAAAGAAGGAACUGAUAUAUACAAAAUCAAGAUCAACAGUGUUCGCGUAGAAGAUGCUGGGUCUUAUUCGAUCGUAGCUCGAAACGAGAUCAAUCAAACCACAGAAAUAUGGAAUCUUACUGUUAAGAGUCCACCCAAAAUCAGAAAGAAAUUAGGUACGAUCCCGGUAAUUGACGAAGGUGAUUCUUUGACUCUGUUGAUCGAGGUUGAUUCAGAUCCAGAGGCUACAGUGGAGUGGUACAAGGAUGAACAGACUGUUGUUGAAGAUGAACGUAUCAAGAUCGUGCGAGAAGGAAAGAAUUACAUGUUAAAGAUUACUGGUACAGUUGACACCGAUGCCGCGGUGUACAAAACCAAAGUAACUAAUACUCAUGGCACUGUUUCGGAUCAAACCAGAGUUCAGGUAAGCGGUAUACCAAGAUUCAAAUCGAAACUGAAUGAUUUUUCGGCCAACGAAGGCGACACCAACAUCGAAUUAACCGUUAAAGUUGAUGGCUAUCCAAAACCAAACGUUCAUUGGUUCAUCGGUGAUGUGGAAAUCACAGAAAAACGUAGCGAGUACACUCGCAUCGAAGAAGGUGACAGUUACAAGCUCGUCAUGAAAGAAGUAAAGGAAGAAAUGAAGGGUAGAUACACUUGUAAAGUUGAGAACGAAUAUGGUGUGAAUGAAUGCAGUGCCGACUUUACGGUUAAGACUAAGCCAAAACUUUUGAAAAAAUUGGCUGAUCAAAGGAUCAAAGAAGGCGAAACGUUGAAAUUAACUGUUGAAAUAUCUGGCACGCCCGAGCCUGAUAUUAAAUGGUACAAAGAUGGGCACGAGGUAUCGGCUGAUGCAAGAAUCAAGAUUACCAGGGAUCAACAACGAAAGGAGAGUUACGAUUUGACGGUAACUUUGGUCAAAGGAUCGGAUGGUGGAGCUUACGAGGUUCGCGCUGAAAAUGAACUUGGAAUGGUCCUCAGCAAGAGCAAAGUCAUCGUUCUCACUAAAACAGAAGGAAGCACCGAAACGGUAGAAGAAGAAACGAAAUCGAAGAAGAUUGUGAUAGAAGAAGUAGGAACGGAGAAACAGCAAGCUGAUGAAUCAGGUCCGGAAGGUCGGUUCGAAUCGAAGAAAGAGAAGGUUGAGGUAUUACGAGGAGAAGCUGAGAAAGUAACCAUCACCGUAGCAUCAACAACGACUCAUCAAUCAACGUUAACAGGUCCGGACGAGAGACACACGAUCAGCAAGAUGACCGCGACGAAGGUCGAGUUUCAGGAGUUAAGUUCGGAAGGGCCAACGGUGGAGGAGAUAGGAUCAUACAGUUACAAUGUUCAAGAAGAAAAUAGCCCGACGAAAGUACAGAACGGCAUGUUCGUCGAGGAAUUCUCAGAGACCAGCGAUAAUAGUCGUUCAAGAUUACAAGUUCAUCAUGGAGUUUCAAUAGUUUCUGUAUCAGAUGACGAGUCAACUUUGAAAGCCAUAUCCAGGGACGUAAGCAUGGACGACGUACGGUGCGUUGAACUAACCGACGAUCUCAGAUUGACAAAUGGUUCUUGCGAACAAUUCAAAAACGUCGACGGCCGUACGAUCGAGAAAAAUGUCCUGGACGAAGUCAAACCACUCCGAGCAUCGAAAUUUAACGAAACAAUAAUCGAGGAACGAUCCGUCGAAGAAUCUAUUUCUUCGAAAGCCAGCGAAAUGACUUUGAACCAGUCACAGAAGCCAAUCGUUCCUAACAACGGUUUGAUUAGGCAAAAUUCGAAGUUGGAAAGAACAGAGUCGAUAGAAUCCUACAAAGCCGAGGUGAAAACGAUUUCGAGAGAAAAUUCCCAUAGAGGAGUUCUCCUUGGCGAAGAAGAAGAGGUCGACGAAGAGUUGGAGGCUCUUCUAAAUCGCGUUAAACGACAACGUAGCGUUCUUAACGAAAUUCUCGAUAAGGAACAAGGCGUGGAAUCAGCACCACCCCACAUAAUAGAAUCAAACUUAGAGGAUCGGAUGAUCUUUGAAACGCAAACCCUCACUUUCGAGAUCACUACUACUGGUUUACCAAGACCUGAUGCUAAAUGGUUCAAGGAUGGCAAAAUUCUCAGAACUGGAGAACGUAUACGUAUUACCAAUGCAGGAGAAAAGUAUGAAUUCGAAUUGAGCAAAGUUGUGCUCGAAGAUGCUGGUCUCUAUGAGUGCAUCUUUACAAAUAAACUUGGUGAAGAUAUUACACAAGGACAAUUGACGGUAGGUACAGUCAAUGAUCUACGAAAACCACGAUUCAUAGAACCCCUUAAAGACGUUGACAUUGCGGAUGGUAAAAAUGGAGAAUUUCAAGCUAUCUUCUCGGCUGAUCCGGUUCCUGAUAUUAUUUGGUACUGUAAAGGAUUGGAGCUUCCUAAUGACGAUUCAAGAAUCAAAUGGAAGAUGACCAAUAAACCUGGAUCAGAUAAGUUAACUGAAAGUACUAUUACAUUGAAAGUACCUAAAUGUAGAAAAGACGAUACUGGAGAGUAUAUUCUCAAAUUGGAAAAUAAAUGGGGCCAAGCUGAAAGCAGCGCUCUUUUGAAUCUGCUACUGCAACCGAGCAUCGAAGAAUUUAAAGAUCUGACAACACCAGUCGACGAACCAGCUACGUGGGAGGCAACAAUCAAAGGAAAUCCAAAGCCUGAAAUAAAGUGGAUGAAAGAUGACAAGGAAUUAGAAAUGGGUGGUGAAUUUGAAACGGAAGAAGAUAGAAAGAAUAACAAGUACAAGUUAAUCAUCAAAAAUGUUAAUAUCGAACAUGGUGGUAAAUAUACAGUUUUCGCAAAAAAUUAUUUGGGCGAAGCAGUUGGAGAAGCAUUAUUAACCACACACCUCGAAGCACCGAUCUUCUUGAAGGGAUUAUCCAACAUUCCUGUAAGUGAUCGCAAUGAUAUCGAAUUGAAAGUUCGAGUAUCCGGAAUACCAAAACCAAAGAUCACUUGGUUAUUGAACGAUGCACCAAUAAUGCAAGAUGGACGCCGCGAGGUUAUAACUCACGUCGAAGGUCUCAUUGACAGUACUCUAUACAUCAAAACAUUUUCUGUCGAUGAUUUGGGAAUAAUAAGUUGUACAGCUAGCAGUAUCGCAGGAACUGCAGAAACAAGUUGCGAAUUAAGUAUGGUUUUCGAACCACCCACGUUUGGUCGUUUAACUUUACCAAGAUCUGUGAAUAUUGAUGAAGGAGAACCACUCGAGCUCAAGGCCAAAGCUGACGGUAGCCCGAUUCCUUUAAUAUCUUGGUUUAAAGAUGGUGAAUUACUUACACCUAACGAUCAUAUUAAAAUCGAAAAUCUUCUGGACGGUACUACAAAACUGACAAUUGAGAAUGUGAUACCCGCGGAUUCCGGUGCUUACAAAUUGGUUGCUUCUAAUUCAACAGGAGAACAAAGUUUACUUUGCGCUGUUGCUGUCACGCCUUCUCCAAGAAGUCCAACAUUUACAAAGCCUCUGGAAGAUACAAAGGCUAUUGUAGGACAACCUCUCAAAUUACGAGCUCAAAUCGUUGCAUUUCCGAAUCCACACAUUCAAUGGUUCAAGGAUGGUAUACCAUUGAGACCAACAAAAGAAUUUAAUUUCAUAAACGAUCCCAAUGGUCUCAUUGGUCUAAUAAUCGAUAAAGUACGGCCAGAAGAUGCAGGUACUUAUUCCGUGGUCGUAUCUAAUAAACUUGGUGAUACUACCGGAGAAGCAAAGGUUGAGGUAGAGGAGAAAGAAAAGAGGCCAGAUUUUGUUGGAAGUCUUCAGCCACUUACGGUGGUCGAAAAUUUACCAGCUAAAUUGGAAGUUAAAGUAAUUGGUAAACCAACACCCGAACUCAAGUGGCUGCACAAUGGCGAAGAGAUUGUGCUGGAUGGAAAACAUUUGAAUAUCAUUAGUCAGCCGGACGGUACCCACGUAUUAAUCAUCGACAAAGCAACACCCGAAGAUGCAGGAGAAUAUCAAGUUGUAGCUGGUAAUACCGAAGGAACGGCAUCUUGCAAAGCAAAUCUCGACGUACUUGGCAAAUUGAGAGAGGACAUUCCACAAGAGAAACCCGCAUUCUUAACAUUGUUACGAGAUAUUUCGGUCGAGGAAAGCCAACCGCUAACAUUCAGUGCCUCCUUUAAUGGUAAUCCUAUACCAGACAUCACGUGGACGAAAGACGGAGAGCCGUUAGAACUAUCGCAAAGAUUAAUGAUGACGUGUGAUGGAAAGAAAGUAACUUUAGAGAUUAAUCCAUCCGAUGCCAAGGACCAAGGAGUUUAUGCUUGUCAUCUGACAAAUCCACUUGGCGAAGACACAUCUAACGCAAAUGCCAAGAUCAGAAAGGUUUUCCAAGCUCCGAGCUUUACACAAAAGUUCACGGAUCUUCAACAACUUCCUGACUUCGAUGUUAAAUUCCCGGCUAAAAUUAGCGGUAUACCCAAGCCAGAUGUUUCGUGGUAUUUCAACAACCAACCAAUACUUAAAGAUAAUGACAAAUAUAAGAUCAAACGGGACUGCGAUGCCUGCUGCUUGUACGUUAAAGAUUGUACAUACGACGAUACUGGAAUUUACAAAUGCAAAGCAGUUAACAGGGCUGGCGAAGCGGAAUGUUCGGCUCAUUUAAAAGUCGUUGAUAAAAUCGAAAAAAUGCAAAAGAUAGAACCACCGGCGUUCUUGAAAAGAAUCGGCGAUUGUGAGGUUUACAGAGGAAUGCAAGCAAAAUUCACAGCUUGCAUUACUGGUAUACCCGAACCGGAAUUCGAAUGGUUCCGUAACGGUGACAAAUUGUGGCAAACUGAUCGUAUUAGAAUGGACCAAGAAGGUAGUUUACUUCGGAUGACGAUAGCUAACGUGGACGAAAUGGAUGCAGGCACAUAUGCAUUAAAAAUAACAAAUCCUCAUGGAUCAGAAUUGUGUUCCGCCGAAAUGAUCUUCGAAUCUCUGGAGCCACGUGCAAAGAGACCGUUAGCAUCUCAGUAUAUAGAAUUUGAUAAAUAUCAAAAAACAGGAAUAGCGUGGCCACUAGCAGAUCGUCCAAUAAUUAGUCGUAUGAUGGAUCGACAUUUGACACUUUCUUGGAAACCUUCCAUCCCAUUAGGACCACGCGUACCGGUAACAUAUCUUGUAGAAAUGUGCGAGUUACCGGACGGUGAUUGGUUCACUGCGCGAUCUGGUUUACGCAGUUGUGUCUGCGACAUCCGCAACUUAGAACCUUUCCGGGAUUACAAAUACCGCAUACGCGUAGAAAAUAAAUAUGGCAUCAGCGACCCUUCGCCAUUUGCACAAACCUUCCGUGCUAAAUUAGAACCCGAUCCACCAAAAUUCUUUCCUUAUUUACCACCUGGUAUAGAUUUUCGUCCCGAGACCAGUCCUUAUUUCCCCAAGGACUUUGACAUCGAAAGACCGCCCCAUGACGAAUAUGCUCAAGCACCUAAAUUCCUUCGACAAGAACACAAUACUCAAUUUGGUGUCAAGAAUCACAAUUGCAGUCUCUUCUGGUUCGUUUAUGGUUAUCCUAAACCAAAAAUGACCUAUUAUUUCAACAAUGAAUUAAUCGAGUCUGGUGGUCGAUACGAUCAAAGCUACACAAGAAAUGGACAGGCAACAUUGUUCAUCAACAGAAUGCUUGAAAGAGACGAAGGUUUAUACGAAGCUGUUGCAAUCAAUGAACAUGGAGAAGCACGUCAACGUGUUAGCUUACAAAUCGCUGAAUAUCCAACGUUUAUUGUAAGACCCGAAGAAACUAUUGUGAUGGCAAGAAAAUCUGGUAAAUUGAUAGCACGUCUUACGGGUGUUCCAUUUCCUGAAAUCAAAUGGUACAAGGAUUGGAAACCGAUCACUACUACUUCGAGGAUUAGAAUUGAUUUCGUCGAGCCAGAUACAUCUGUUUUAACCAUUAAUGAAGCAAUUGUUAAGGAUGAAGGAUUAUACUCGAUCAGUGCAAGAAAUGUAGCCGGAGCGGUAUCGCAUUCAGUCAUGAUACACGUUGAAGAAAAUGAAUACGAUUAUGUUUACAGAACAUAUAAGAGAAAGACUGAAGUUAAACUACGUGCGGAUAAACCCUACGAUGAAUUUUAUGAUUUGGGUGACGAAUUGGGUCGUGGUACUCAAGGUAUUACGUAUCACGCAGCAGAAAGAACUACUGGAAGAAAUUAUGCUGCCAAAGUUAUGCAUGGACGAGGAGAAUUGAAACCAUUUAUGUUUAACGAGUUAGAUGCCAUGAAUAAUCUUAAUCAUCGAAAAUUAUUACGCUUGCACGAGGCUUACGAAACCGAUAAAUCGGUCACUUUGAUCAUGGAACUAGCUGCCGGUGGAGAAUUAGCAGAUGUUCUAACGAAACAACCACAUUAUACUGAAUCAGAAAUUGCUGGAUAUAUUCGACAGUUACUCUACGGCCUUGAAUAUAUGCAUGACAAUCAUUAUGCACAUCUUGGCCUAACACUCGGAGAUCUUUUGAUCUCUCACACAGGCGGCGACGAUCUAAAGAUCGGAGAUUUCGGUUUAACACGAAGGAUAGCACAAACGAAAUUAAUGUUAUUGGCGUACGGUAUGCCGGAAUAUGUUGCUCCUGAAGUUACAAACAAUGAAGGCGUCGAUUAUGCCGCAGAUAUGUGGUCAGUUGGUAUCAUAACAUACAUCCUGUUAUCUGGAAUUUCACCGUUCAGAGGUGUCAACGAUAAAGAAACGUUAACGAAGAUCAGACAAGGAGCUUGGGACUUUGAUGAUCGCUGGAAGAAUAUUUCUAAUGAAGCCAAAGAUUUUAUUCGUAAAUUGUUAGUCUACAAUGUUGAUAAACGAAUCGGUGUUAAGACUGCUCUUAAACAUCCUUGGCUGGAAUACGCAGAUAGAUCGCCAUUAGAUUUGUAUAAAAUACCUUCUGAAUAUUUGAAGACUUAUUACAAACUUUACAGAGAUUGGUAUAGUAACGCGUCUUGUCGUACGUGGUACCGUAGACGCAAACUCAGUAGUGCGUUUGAACAUCCUUCAAAAAUGGUUUAUCCUCCUGGUCAUAAAUACACACCUGAACCAAGUAUUGAACGAUAUAGUCCUACAGGAAAACCAGUGCCUAGAACUUGGGAAAAUCAACUACCUGCGAGAGAACCAAUCGAUACAGAAAUUGGACUUAUUAAGAGCGAGAGUCACUAUCAGUAUGGUCCAGAUACUUAUCUUCUACAACUUCGUGAUACUGACUUCCCAGUACGAUUACGUGAAUACAUGAAAGUUGCCUUUAAUCGCAGUCCAGGAUAUUCGCGUACGAUCACUGACGAUAAUGGCUACGAUUGGAAGACACCAAUAAUACGUGAACGCCGUCGUUUUACCGAUGUCAUGGACGAAGAAAUCGACGACGAACGUAGAGCCAGGAUAAAUAGAUAUGGAUCACCUGAUACAUACUCAUUGAGACGAUUGAAACAUGAAUUAGGUACUCGUCUCGACAGUUAUGUUGAAGCUGAAGCUAUGAUAGAAUCCAAGAAGGAAGGGAAUUUACCUUUCUUGCGUGAGAAACCGCAAAUACGGCCGAUCGAGGAAGGCAAAACAGCACAAUUAAUGUGCCUCGCAGUAGGUGAUCCAAAACCAUUAAUACAAUGGUACAAAAAUGAUAUAGUCAUUCAAGAAACUAAAAAAAUAAAGAUCACGGAAGACAAAGAUGGCAGAUCGAUACUCAGUUUUAAUCCCGUAAAAGAACACGAUGCUGGGAUUUAUAAGGUGGUGGCAAGAAAUUCUCUUGGACAAACUGUAGCCAGAACUAGAAUGUUGAUAGCUUUGGUUCCCACUGGUCCCGAUUCACCAGAAGCUACUGAAGUAUCAGAUACCCAAAUACUUUUACGUUGGAAGCAACCAAAAUACGACGGCAAUUCUGCCGUACUUUGCUAUAAUCUUCAAUACAAAGAAGCAGAUUCUAUUACAUGGAUAGAUAUUGGUUUUAACAUAGAUCACGAAUUUUACUUAGUACGAGAUCUGAAGCCAGACGUUUGUUACAUUUUCCGUCUAGCAGCGCGUAAUCGAAUUGGAUGGAGCGAGAAAGGUAUUCCCUCGAAAGUCAUUAAAACAAGACCGCCAGGUGUACCUCAGAUACAGAUAACCAGUGCAAUGAGACAUCUUCAAGAAUUAACAGAAUCUGGACAAGAGAUCGUACUCGAGGAAGAUAAGCCUCAUAUUGAUUAUUCACUUGAGGAACAUCCGGUUGAAUGGUCGACUGAAACAUUAACAAACAAGUAUAGUUUCAUAUCUGAAUUGUGUCGUGGUCAAUUCUCUGCUGUGGUUAAGGGUAUCGACAAGUCUUCGGAUCGCGUGAUAGUCGCAAAAAUUCUAGACCUUAGGCCGGAAAUAGAAAAGCAAGUUAACAGAGAAUUCGAAGCUCUACGUUCUCUCAGGCAUGAGAGAAUAGCUCUUUUAGAGGCAGCAUAUAAAGCACCAGGAUCACCAUUAGCUGUCUUCAUUAUGGAGAAGCUUCAGGGUGCCGACAUUCUCACAUAUUUUUCCAGUCGACACGAGUAUUCUGAAAAUUGUGUAGCCAUGGCUGUAACACAAAUAUUGGAUGCGUUACAAUAUCUUCACUGGCGUGGGUAUUGUCAUUUAGACAUUCAACCGGACAACGUGGUAAUGGCCUCUGUUAGAACUGUUCAAGUUAAAUUAGUCGAUAUGGGCACUGCACAAAAAGUUAGUAAACUCGGCACAAUGGUACCAAAGGCAGGUCAUCGUGAAUACAGAGCACCGGAAGUAUACAAUGAAGAACCUGCAUAUCCACAAACAGACAUUUGGAUGGUCGGUGUUCUUACGUACGUCUUAUUAUCCGGAGUAUCACCGUUCCGUGGCGAUGACGCCAGCGAAACCAGACAAAAUAUUUUAUUUGUUAGGUACAGAUUCGAAUAUCUUUACAAGGAACUUACUCAAGAGGCUACACGUUUUCUCAUGUUGGUCUUUAAACGUGCACCAAACAAAAGGCCAAUGGCUGAGGAAUGCCACGAACAUAGAUGGUUAUUACCGACGGAAUUUAUGAUUAAAAAACGUGAAAGAUCGGUCUUUUUAGGUAAUAGACUUAAAGAAUACAACACCGAAUAUCACGAAGAAAAAGAAAAACUUGUAUCUGAAAGCCAAAGUCUUGCAAGCGAAAGCCUUUUAGGUUCAACUCGAAAAUUAAUAAGAUCAACGAGCAUACAAGAAGAAUUGCUUACAACGAUCUAACGAUAAAGUUUAUGAUUUUUCCAAUUUAUUUUCUCCAUAUGACUGUGAAAUAUCACAAAAAUAUCUAGUCAGUCGUUAAGAAAACAAGGAAAAAAAAGGGAAUAGAAACAAAAGAGAAUCAUACAAAAAGUAUCCCGUUCCUUGUUUUUUUUUUGUUAUUAUUUAUUUGUUACAACCUAUAAUUAAUUAUAUCGAAUAUUAUAUCAUCGAUUCGACCAUGAAUUUCAUUAAAGAAAAUCAUGAAAUUUUGACUGUUCAGUAUUCUGAUCAAUUUAAAUGGUUACAAUGGACACAAUGGUAUUGAAAAUAUAGCCAGCGAAUGUACUAACGAAUUAGUGAACAUGAUUCAAAUUCUUUCAAAUUGUACAAAAAAAAAUCGUUACAUAAUAUAAUAAAUAAAUAUAAAAUAA